ACUAAAUUGAGAGAAGAAAAUUAAACCCAAAAAAAAAAAAAUGGGUCGUGAAAUGAUGAUGAGAGUAAAUAUUGGAAGCUUCAACCUUGUCGUGGUAGUGUUCUUAGCGACGAUGAUGGUGAGAUCGGCGGUCGUGGAUGCCAAGUAUGGUAAUUUCAAACGUUACGGUGCGUACGCACCGUCAACCUCCUACACGCCCACAACCUCCUACACGCCAACGGUAGAUUCGUUACCAUGGCAAUCAGCCCAUGCUACGUUUUAUGGGGAUGAAACUGGCUCUGAGACCAUGGGAGGGGCGUGUGGGUACGGAAACUUGCACGACAGUGGCUACGGGUUCGAAACAGCAGCACUUAGCUCGGUGAUGUUCAACAACGGGAAUGCUUGUGGGUCGUGUUACGAGAUCAAAUGUGUCGAGUCAAAAUGGUGCUUUGCUGACGCGCCUCCUAUUAAGAUCACGGCUACCAACCUCUGCCCUCCUAACUGGUACCAAUCCAAUGAUGCGGGCGGGUGGUGCAACCCGCCCCGCUGCCAUUUCGAUUUGUCUAAGCCCAUGUUCAUGAAGAUUGCUGAAUGGACCGCCGGAAUUGUCCCCGUCAGCUACAGAAAGGUGCCGUGUGCAAGGCAAGGAGGGAUUAGAUUUCAAUUCCAAGGGAACCCAUACUGGCUACUAGUAUCUGUCUUGAACGUAGGAGGAAGUGGAGAUCUAGCCGCAAUGUGGGUGAAAGGAACUGAAACUGAUGAAUGGUUUAGCAUGAGUCGAAAUUGGGGUGCUUCUUUUCAAGCAUUUGCAAAAUUAGGAGGCCAAUGUCUCUCUUUCAAACUCCAAAAUCCAGAUGGGAAGAUUGUUAUAUCUUACAAUGUUGCACCCGCUUAUUGGUCAACCGGUCAAACUUACCAGGCCGAUAACAAUUUUUAUUAAUUCAUUAAAAUGAGAUACUAAAAAAAAUGCGCGAUUUAGGACUGUCACGUUAUUUACGGGGAUAGUCCUGGACAAUUGUACACGUACUUGUGAGGAUCGUAUAGAGUUGUAACAAUUGUUUGUCAAUUGGUUCUUAUACUAAUUAAUACUAUGUUUUUGCAUGCCCUUAAUUUUGAACUGAAAUUUGUUAUGGUACGUGUAACUUAAGUAUAGAGGAGGAGGAUGUUAUCAAUCAUCAUGGAGUUGUGAUUUUGACCAUGAUGAAUGAUUAUGAUGAAUUGGGAGAUGCAUGAUUAUCCCAUUCUUUCCCCUUUGUAGUUAAAAGCAAGCUACUCAUAAUAUAAUUCUUUUUUUAUGGAAUCCAAACAAUGGAAAUU